GUUAUACCGGAGGAACUCUAAUCCAUUCGAUCUAGCAGCCAAACAGAAUAUGUGCCAUUUUAACUGACACUGUGGCGUUGGAUAAAAUCCGUCGGAUAUUUACAAGCGUUUCCUCUCCAAAAGGGAAUAAAACUAUCCACGCAGGAAUAUUUUCACGCAAGACCUCAUAUGGACUAAAACACAGCAAAUUAAGUGAGAGUGGACACUCGGACAUAUAACCAGGACAUCAAGAGACCAAGACUUCUCUGAGAAAUGUCCAACACAACUGGGCGAGGUCAUGGGGGUCUUAAUCAACUAGGUGGCAUGUUUGUGAACGGACGCCCACUCCCGGAGGUCAUCCGGCAGAGGAUUGUGGACAUGGCGCACCAGGGCGUACGACCCUGUGACAUCUCCCGCCAGCUGAGGGUCAGUCACGGCUGCGUCAGCAAGAUCCUGGGCAGGUACUAUGAGACGGGUAGCAUUAAACCAGGAGUCAUUGGGGGCUCAAAGCCGAAAGUGGCGACUCCUAAAGUGGUGGAGAAGAUAGCGGAGUACAAGCGGCAGAACCCGACCAUGUUUGCAUGGGAGAUUAGAGACCGACUGCUGGCCGAAGGCGUUUGUGACGGUGACACUGUGCCCAGUGUAAGCUCCAUCAACAGGAUUAUUCGCACAAAAGUUCAACAGCCAUUCAACCUGCCUCUGGACAGUAAAGGCCUCAGUCCUGGACAUACACUGAUUCCCAGUUCAGCCGUCACUCCUCCAGAAUCUCCUCAGUCGGACUCUCUGGGCUCCACCUAUUCCAUCAGCGGCCUGCUAGGAAUCCCACAGACCAGCACAGAGGGCAAGAGGAGCCAUGAUGACAGUGAUCAGGAGAGCUGUCGGCACAGUGUGGACUCUCAGGGCAGCGGCAGCGGACCCCGGAAACAGCUGAGGACCGAACACUUCCCAUCCCCGCACCUGGACUGUGGCUUUGAGCGUCACCACUACAGCUCCGACACGUUCAGCCAGACUGCGGCCAGCAAAACAGAGCAGUCGCUCUAUCCUCUCUCGCUCAUCAAUGGCAGUUUGGACGAGGGUAAAGGCGCUUCAGCUAUCAGUCGAAACCUAGCAGCACAUCAGGGAUACACAGUGGUUGCAGAAGCUCUACAGCCCCUCCCACUCUGUCUGAAACAGGAAAUGUCACCUGAGGUGAACAGCUCAAGCCCCUCCCCCAACAUCACAGCUAAUUCAGCCUUCCUGGAGCUCACUUCCAUUUCGGCCCCGUCAUCAGUGCCCAUUGCUAACAGCUGCAGCAAUGCCACUCAUUUAUCUCAUGGCUUCAGCUCAUUUUCCCAUCAUGCCCCAGUGCACGGGCAGUUUAGUAGCCCUCCACUCAUUGCAGGCAGAGAUGUGGCGAGCUCAAUGCUGCCUGGUUAUCCUCCACACAUCCCCUCGGCUACGCAGACAGGCUUCUCAUCGUCCACCAUCACUGGGAUGGUAGCAGGUCCAGAGUACACGGGCCAGACCUAUAGCCACGCACCGUACACAUCCUACAGUGACGCCUGGAGAUUCACCAACUCCAGCAUAUUAGGUUCCCCGUAUUACUACAGUUCAGCCGCGCGAGCGCCGCCUCCCUCCACCGCGGCUUACGAUCAUCUCUAGUACCAGAGAAGAAUGGAGAUGACGUUCUCUUUUUACAGUGGAGUGUCCAAUUGAAAGACACAAGGAGUGAAGAAAAACGAAAACAUAUUGACGGACUAUACCUUUUAUUGCCUGUAAAACUAGCCUAUUUAUGUCUUUUGUUCACGGCCCGAAUAAAGGCCAUUUACAACCACACGUUUACAUCUUUAUCCACCAAACAGUGCAUUUCUUACCUGUGUUUUUUUUAUUUCUCUGUAGCCAAAGACAUUUCUGCAAACUGUUUUUAGCAGCUGAAGCAUCUGAAGUGUACACGGUUCACAAAUACUACGCAACUGACAACGAUAUCCACACAACUAAACUAUAUAAAUUAAAAUCGUAUAAAUUAUUUUAACGGAACAUAAGGAACAUGUUUCACUGAUUAAGAAAAGGAGUAAAUGCCAUGUUGUUCACGUGACAUUUUGGUGUUGGAUUCGAGCUGAAUGAGUUGAUAUUGGAUGGGCCUAUUUAAACGACAUUGAAAUAACCUAACACAAUGUAACAAGCGGAUAUUUUUGUCUUCAAUGGGCCGCAUUUCACAAUCGUCCACCAAAUCCAUAAGGAUGAUCAAAAACAUCACAUUCAGAAGCCGCAUAGUCUAUUCAGUCCAAACCAUUACAGGAGUUUAAUGUUUUGGGGCAAUAUGUAAAUAAUGUAGAGAAGGCAAAACCCUAUUAAAAUGAAAUUCAUUUAUAUUCUACACAUGAUUAUUAGGGCUGAACCGUGUGGGGAUUCGUUAGUUUUAAAAUGUUUAUAUUGUCGCUUCUAUUUUUUCCAUCUUAUUAUCAUGCUUAUGUUCUAUGAUUAAACGAGUUUGAGUUCCAGAGAUUACGUUUUAUUGUACUGUUAAUUAUAUUAUUCAAAUGUAAAUUAAUAAUUUCUACAGAAUUAUUUUGAAUUAA